UGACAGACGUGGUCGUGGUCCAACACGCGGCAUACAAACCCAACGCAUUGUCUAGAAAAAUGGAAAGAUGUUGGUUCCUGUACCUGAACAUUUCUGUGCACCAGUAGGAGAUCAAGCCUCUAAGUUGGCCUCCAAGAUUGGCAUAGAGGUUCGAACGCAAUUACCAGACUUGAGCAUUUGUAGGUGGAAUAAGGUUCACGAUGCUGAUAAGAAGCCGAUGAUCCAACGCUUGGAGGAUCAGUUUGAUCUACAAGGCAAUCCGACUGAUGUAGCAAGGACUUUAAACACACAGUUUGGUCGGCGAUUGAGUAGCUUCACCUAUAGGUUGCACAAACAAUACAAGCAACUUAAGGAUGCAAGAGGGGAGGAGUAUGCAAGAAGCCACCCACCUACAAGUGUUACUCUUAAUCAAUGGACAUCUCUAAUUGACAAUAAGUGGAAUAGUAAAGAAUUCAUGGAACAAUCACUAACUAAUGUGAAUAAUAGGAUGCAAAUGAAAACAAAACAUAGAUGUGGAUCAAAAUCAAUCCCGGUUAGGGUGCACAGCUCGAUAAUUGCAAAUGGAGAAGUUCCUGAUUUGGCAAAGUUUUACAAGUCCAUCCACUAUAAUUCGAACACACAUGAAUGGAUUUCGUCGGAGAGCCAAGCUAAUUAUGACAACAUGAUAAAGACGCAAGCCGAACACCUCUCGCAGACUGGUGUGAUCCCUUUAAGCCAAGAGGAGUUGUCAGUUAAGGUACUUAAGCCAAGGUCAGGUUAUGUGAAAGGACUCGGCUUGAGGCCUUCUUCUUCUAUGAAGACUACUGUUGUACCUGCUGAAAAUAGUGACUAUGUUCAACGCCUUGAGAUGCAAAUAGCACAGCAAAAUGAACAAAUUGCAAGGUUUCAAAAGUCAGAGAAGAAACAAAGCAAGAAGAUACAAAGUAUAAUAGAGUGUUUGACGCAGAAAGGUAUCACGGGAAAUUUUGAGAAUGGGGAAAGUUCAGAUUCUGAUGAACAAGCUUCUUGAUUGGAGAUGAACGAAUUUGGUAACCUGCAUAGCAAGAGUUUUUUGUUGAUAUUACCAGACACAUCCAUCACAGCGUAGUUGUACUUUUUGUUGAUAUUACCAA